UUUCGCAACCAGUAUGACAACGAUGUCACCGUUUGGAGCCCGCAGGGCCGAAUUCAUCAAAUAGAAUAUGCCAUGGAAGCUGUGAAACAAGGCUCAGCUACUGUGGGGCUGAAGUCAAAAACACAUGCUGUGCUGGUUGCUCUCAAGAGAGCACAGUCUGAGCUGGCAGCUCAUCAGAAAAAAAUCCUGUACGUUGACAACCAUAUUGGUAUCUCAAUUGCUGGACUUACUGCUGAUGCAAGACUCUUGUGCAAUUUCAUGCGUCAGGAGUGUCUGGAUUCUAGAUUUGUGUUUGAUAGACCUCUUCCAGUUUCUCGCCUAGUGUCACUAAUUGGAAGCAAAACCCAGAUACCAACGCAGCGUUAUGGCAGAAGGCCGUAUGGCGUAGGGCUGCUCAUUGCGGGUUAUGAU